AUGACCGGUAUACCGACCGGUACCGGCGCCGGUCCGGUACCGGAAAGCCAAGAUUUGCCACGAAAUUUACGAGGAUCGAUUGCCUAUGAUCUAUGUUCUUUGAAAGCUUCCAGACGGAAAGAAACAGCAGUCGAAGUGGUCCCAGAAAAAUCUGCCCUGUCCGGGAACAAGUUAAGGUGGUCCACACUCCGAACUAGCCCAGCCAGCGGUAAUAUGUCUUUUGUCUUGAAGUCAUCCGACUUUAGUCAAAAUCAAAAACUGACAUCAGAUUCACGUUCAGUGUUAAAAGCUGAGUCGAACUGA